AGCCAUUUUAGAAUUGCACAGUAUUCACAAAUCUGAUCUCUCCGGCUGUCAGAAAUGCAAAUCAAAGUUGGAGGUUGGGAAAAUGCUAUCCCUCACACGGCCAGAUUUGGUUUCUCAGGUGUUUACUCAAUGGUGCCUAGAGACUAGUGGCUCACCGGUUCACUGCCAAGCCAAAUACGGUAGUGAGGAACUCGAAGGGUCGAACUUGGGGACUGAUUUUACAAGACUCUUGCAAUUAAUGCAUCCGGGGGGUUAUGAUGGCGAUUACUACUGUUACUACCACGACAAAAAAUGUAACAUUUUCCCAUCAACUCCCGAUAUUGAUCUCAGCUCGUGGUUUCCACCAAAACGCAGAAGUCUCAUGUCUACCAUAAAGCCACAGGGGAAGACAUUCAAUGUUCUCCAUAUCAGCAACAUGAAUCUCCAAGUAGAUUAUAUGUUGGGAUCCGAAUCCAACUGCACCGGAAGGAUAUGCUGUGACUCAAGUAGCCAAAAUCUAGAUCAACCCCCUGAAAAUUACAACUACUUUGACUGUAACGACCCUUCCAAGGGAUUGUCAUUCUAUGCCAGCUCGUAUCGUUCCGGGAAAUUUUCCAAGGGUCCUUAUCUCGACCUUCACAAAAUUUACGAACGUAAUCGCAAGGUGUGGCUUCCCGCUCAUGAAUUUGGGGCCUACAGGUGCGACUCUUCCGAAAUUCUAAUAAACAACACCCUUCAAGCGAUUCAAAACUUUCACCAAAACCACCUUAACUUUGAGUUUGCAAUUCUCACAGGAGGCUUGGUAGACGACUUGGAGCCGGCCUCUUGUAAUGCUGAAAAGGUAGCUAAGGCCGAGACCCGAGCGCUCCAGUACUAUAAGCACUAUCUAAAAGAUGUUCCCUUGGUCCUUGCCUUGGGUCAUCAUGAUAUAUACCCCUAUGGUCAGCUUGCACAAUGGGAUUCUGGUCGCAGUGACAUCAAUGAAAACACCUUUGACUACCUUGCAGACCUUGUUUACGAUCACGGGUGGCUCGGCAUGACAGAAAAGCGUAAACUCAAAGCAAACUACUUUGGUUAUUCUACCACCACCACUCGAGGGUUAAAGGUCAUCUCACUCAAUUCCAACAUAUGGUACACCCAGAAUGUGUAUGCCUUCUGGAAUACCACCUCCAUUGAUAUGUACGGCCAGUUCAAGUUCUUGGUGGAUGAGCUUGUUGCGUGUGAAAAGACAAACCAGAGGGCUUGGAUUAUCGCCAGUAUUCCUACCAAUCAAGAUGCCCUCCCGAUUCCUUCCAAAGUGUUCCGAAUGAUUGUUGAACGAUUCUCACCUGCCACCAUUACAGGAAUCUUUCUUGGCCAUAGCCAUCGGGACGAAUUCCAAGUCCUAUACGCGGGAGAUGGUUCCGACGCUAAAUCUGUAGAAAAGGCGGUCAAUUUUGCCUGGAUUGGUCCCUCAAUUUCUCCGGCUGGGGGUGUUAACCCGUCGUGGCGGUACUACUCGGUAGACACUGAGACCUUCCAGGUCAUGAAUUCGUAUAACUUUUUAACCAAACUCGAUGAAACGUUUAGAAACGAAGGAGAGGAGCCAAUCUGGGAAUUUGAGUAUUCAGCGAGGGAAAUAUACGACGCAUUGAAUGAGUGGGGAGAAGACCAACCCUUGAAUGCAGAAUUCUGGCACCAUGUCGCGGAAAAGAUAAAAAACAAUUCUGAUGGUGAAGAAGGGAUCUUUCAGCGAUUUGUCGAUUUCCAAUACAGAUCUUCGCCGUAUACCCCAAUCUGCAACGAAAUAAAGGGUGGAAGACAGGAAACGUACUGUGAAGUUUCGUCGUUCACCGUUGAUCAGCGACGGGAGUGCUUGGGCUUGGUCGAGGAAUAUUGACAGAUGGAAGACACUUUGGGGUUCUAGAUGUUUCUGACUGAAAUGAGCUUGUAAAAGAAUGGAAGGAAUCUCAAGGACACACCUUGGCUAGUUGAAUACGAUGUCACACUCGAAUUUCUUCUAUUGUUUGUGUUGGGCUCAUUGUUAUAGUAAAGAAUCAAGAGAACCGUUU